AUGGUCCAUUGGACUCGAGUUCUUGGCAUUAUCUUCAUUAUCGCUGUGUCAGUAGGCCUCUGGGAUAUUGCUGGCUCGAAUAUCUCCCAACUGCAAAAGGCGAAUCGACGGUUCACAGGACUAGAUCUGAUCCUAUUCGAAACACUGGGUUACAAGCGAGAAGACAUCGUGCGAAUAGACAACUUCAAUAAUUUACUCCAGGAAAAGGUCAAGUCGAUCCAUAGAUACGUGGGUCAUCAAGUCCGACAAACCCUCCGAGCUAAGAGCAUCAAACAUGUGGACUGGCAGACUGUGAUGAAGACCAUGAAGGACUACGUGGUCUUGAGUAUUGAGCAGGGGAAGUUUGCACAACGACGCCAGUGGCUACGUCCCGAGUUGAAGCAUAUGGCACCAUACCGCGGCAUUUACACUGAGAGUGUAGUCCAUUGGAAUGAGGAAGUGACUGCCUUCAUACAGACUCAGGUUUUGGACUGGGCGAGAUACAUUGUUUAA